AUGAGCAAGGAAGACUAUCCUCUAGAAGAGUUUGUGAUCAACUUAGCUAACGUUGAAGAGCGCUACGCUAAUGAGAUCAUGAGUAUGGUUGAAUGUUUUUACAAAUCAAGAAUAGAUCUUCCAGCCCAACGUCUUGAAGAAAUUGGGAAAUGUCAUUUGAGGACAAGUCGCUACCUAAAGAAAGUUGUAGAUCCGAAGAAAAGUGAACUGAUAAACUUAUGGAAGAUCUGCAACACUUUCUCAGUAGCUUCUAUUGAAGUUGAUAAUGCGAUGCGGGAAGUGCGCAAUUCAAUUAGAAAGAAUUUGAAAAAAGAGUGUGGUUAUACAAAACCUGAAAUGAACAAACGGUAUAAAAGUGAUACACAAACUAGGAAACAGUACAUAACUGUGACAGGUCCUACGGAGUCGUAUGAUUUUUAUAAACCAAAGUCUUGGAAAAUGAAGUUUCCCUUCGAUUUUCGGGAUCGCAAAGCGAAAAGGGUAAUCAGCGUAGCAAACGUUCCGACCACCCCUACUUUUCAAACUCUUCCGAUAGCCAAGCCGGAUUCUGUCCUACGCCCGAGCUCCUUAUAUUCUACAUGCUCAUCUUCGUCAGAGGAACCUAAAUACCAGGCUGAUCCUGAAAACUUCCAUAAGGUCACCAUGGGAAGUAAGCCGGAUUACCCCGAGCAGCCAGUUGCUCCUGUGAGGAUGUCAAAACUAAAGCAACAAGAGCCAACUCAGAUGACAUGGGUAUGUAGCACCAGUUCUGAUACUUCUAAUCAAUCGAACUACAAGCAAUACGUACCUAAUUUCAAUUCUGAAUCGUACUAUAGCAACGAUAAGAAUAUCAUCAACGUACCAAUCGUAGCUCCAAGGUUGCAAACUCUUAUCAACAUUGGAGAUACUGAAGACACGGGAACUACUGUCAGGCUUGCCCAAACUCAUUCCAUUCCAAUCUAUCAAGAUACAAAUUCUUCUACUUGA